AUGAUUGGAGUAAUCGGAAUUGUCGGGAAUUUGUUGACUGUUUGGGUAAACAACAAAAAAAGAGAGACCGUCGAUUUGCAAAUUCCGAAACUCGCGUUUUUCAAAGUGAUGAAGGAAAUCAUGCAGCGUUUUCAACCCGAUUUCAGAGUACAGAGCUUAGUCGUGGACGCGCUACGAGAGGCUGCAGAGGUCUAUUUGACAGAGACUAUU